CAUCCUCCUCCGUCUCCGCCAUCUCUCUAUCCUCUCUUCCUAUCUCCUGCCCUCUUCCGCGCAUUCCCCGCUGCUCUCUUCCACCUGUCUAUAGCUUCUUAUUACUUCUAGCGAGUGUACGCCAUGAGUGCCUCCGGCGCAGUCCUCUCCUCCUCUCACUUCAAACCUCAGCGUGACUACAACCAUGCUGACGACCAAGAGUACAAACGCCUCCGUGGUCUAGCCGAAGCCGAAUUCAAAGCUCGCUCGCGCUGCUACGACGACUCCCACAAAGCCUACGCCGAAGGCGACGGCGCAGCUGCAAAGCAGUUGUCCGAAAUGGCAAAAGAUCAUGACCGGAAGAUGGACGAGUACAACGCCGAAGCCGCUGCUUUUGUUUUCCGGGCAAACAACGCCGACUCCGAUUACGAUGAGAUUGAUCUCCACGGACUUUACGUCAAAGAGGCCGAAGAAGUGCUCGAGCAACGCAUCUCUGCCUGCAAGGCUCGAAACGAUGACCAUCUCGAGGUCAUUGUCGGCAAGGGAAAGCACUCUACCGGAGGCGUCGCAAAGAUCAAGCCUGCCGUAGAACAACUCUGCGAGAAACACGGAUUCCAGUACGCCGUCGACGACGACAACGAAGGCGUCAUCGUCAUCAACUUCCGCUCCUCCGGCGGCAACAUGCCAAUGUCGAGCAUGCCCCACCAGCCCAAGAAGCGCUACGACACUCAGAAGCCAAACGCUUCCUACCAGCCCGGCUAUGGCAAGCACAACCAGCCACAGUAUAACAACAACCACAACAACGGCACUUACGCGGGCGCCGCGUACGGAAAUGGGCCCAACGUCGGCCAUCCGCAGCAGCAGUUCCAGGUCGACCAGAACCAGAACCAAUACCACCAGCAGCAGCAACAGCAGACGCAACAGGACAGCACCGCCGAUAUCAUUGGCUUGCUGUUCAGAUGCCUCAAACAGUGCCUGUCAAAGUAAUCAGACGUCGAGCUGCCUUCUGCGAUUCUGCUGUAUCUUGUUGGUCCAAAAUGUCGUGUGUAUUCUAUUUAAGUCGGCUCGGUGAGAGUCCUAAAAUUAUCUGUAUUCUAUGUAUAAUCUUUCUUUCGUUUUGGUUACUUUUUUUUUGUCCACUUCAGCGUCGAACUAAGCUAUCAGCGUUGAUUCCAAUCGUUUGUAUUCUAUCAUGUACCAAUAAGCUAUGCGAUUUGAUUAUCAUGUA